AUGCCGGGUUUCGUGUUUUUGCUGGCCGCGUUUGCGCUCCUCUCGGCCGGGUGUAGGAGCAGCUCCUUGGCGGUGGAGCAGAGGACCGGGAGCAGCUCCGCGGUGCCCCGGGCAGAGAGCUCCGGGGACGGGGACGCAGCGGCGGCUCGGCCGGGCUGCCCGGACCGCUGCCGGUGCCAGGUGGACGGACUGCUGCACCGGGUGGACUGCUCCGACCUGGGGCUCUGCGCGCUCCCGAGCAACCUGAGCGUGUUCACGUCAUACCUAGAUCUCAGUAUGAACAAUCUGACCGUGUUGACCAGCGGAGCUCUGAGCGACCUGCACUUCCUGGAGGAGCUGCGUUUAGCGGGAAACGAUCUGUCAUUUAUUCCCAGAGGGGCGUUCACUGGCCUCUACAACCUCAAAGUGCUGAUGCUUCAGAACAACCAGCUGAUGUCUGUACCUGCAGAGGCCUUCAACAAGCUGCACAACCUGCAGUCCCUCCGCCUGGACGCCAAUCACAUCUCCAGCGUUCCCGUUGGCUGUUUCUCCGGCCUGCGCUCGCUCCGUCACCUGUGGUUGGACGAUAACUCUCUGACGGAGGUGCCGGCGGCGGCCCUGGGCGAGCUUCCCGCCCUGCAGGCCAUGACGCUCGCCCUCAACCACAUCAGCCACGUCCCAGAUCACGCCUUCAGCAAGCUGGGGCGCCUGGUGGUGCUGCAUCUCAACAACAAUGGGAUCGUUUCCAUGGGAACGAACUGCUUCCACGGACUCCACAGUUUGGAGACGCUGGAUUUGAACUACAACAGUCUGGUCGAGUUUCCGACGGCGGUCCGCUCGCUGAGUCAUCUGAAGGAACUUGGUUUCCAUAGCAACAACAUCCAGUUGAUCCCGGAGCACGCCUUCACUGGGAACCCCUCACUCAUCACCAUAUUUUUCUACGACAACCCGAUCCAGUCUGUUGGACGAUCCGCCUUCCAGAACCUACCGGAGCUACGCACACUCUCUCUGAACGGAGCAGCGGAUCUCACCGAGUUUCCAGAUCUGACGGGAACCGAGAGCCUGGAAAGCCUGACCAUCACAGGAGCUCGGAUCACCUCUCUGCCCAGUUCAGUGUGUGAACAGCUUCCAAACCUUCAGCUGCUAGAUCUCUCCUAUAAUCAGAUCCAGACUCUUCCGAGCUUCUCCGGCUGUGAGAGCGUUCAGAAGAUUGAUCUGCACCAUAACGAGAUAGAGGAACUGGAGGAGAACACCUUCCACGGUCUGAUGUCACUACGCUCUCUGGACUUAUCGUGGAACAGACUGUCAUCAGUGAAGCCGAACUCUUUCUCUGCUCUGCCUGCUCUCAUCAAACUCGACCUGUCGUCCAAUCAGCUGUCGUCUCUGCCUCUGAUUGGUCUGCAGAGUUUAACUCAUCUGCGAUUGGCCGGAAACACACAGCUGAUGGAGUUAAUGCCGCGAGAGGACCUGCCCCGAGUCAGGGUGAUGGAGCUUCCUUACGCCUUCCAGUGCUGUGCCUUCGUCUCCUUCGAUCAGGACUGGGAGGAUUUCCUGAUGGAGUUUGAAGAAGAACCUAAACUUCAACACUCCGUCCACUGCAGCCCAGCACCAGGACCGUUCCGCCCCUGCCUCCAUCUGCUCGGCAGCUGGUUGAUCCGUGGAGGGGUGUGGCUCAUCGCAGCGCUCUCAUUGGUCAGCAACAGCCUGGUCGUCCUGUCAGUCUUCUUUUCCCCCGCCUCCUCAGUGACUCCGCCCAAGCUGCUGAUUGGUCUACUGGCCCUGGUGAACGGCCUGAUGGGAGUUUGGAGCGGCUGGUUGGCAGCGGUGGAUGCCUGGACGUUUGGCAGUUUUUGGAGGUACGGGGCGAGGUGGGAGAGCAGCUUCCUGUGUCGCCUCAGUGGCUUCCUGUGUGUGUUUGCAUCACAGACCGGCCUCUUCCUGCUAACCGUUGCUGCUCUGGAGCGAUGCGUGGCCGCCACCGCCGCCGCACGCCACCACGACAAACCGGACAGACACACUGGUCGCUCCUCGUCGCCGCUCUCCGUCCGUCUGUCCGUCGGCCUGUGCUUCCUGUUGGGCCUCGCCGUCACGCUGCCCCCCCUGGUGGCCGGACACAGCAGCUCCUCCCUCUGCUUGCCGCUGCCUUCCUCCUCCUCUUCCUCCUCCCUGGCCCUCUCCGUCUCCCUGGUGCUCCUGGACUCGCUGUGCUUCCUCCUCAUGACGCUCGCCUACUCUCGCCUCUACUGUCGGGCCAACAAAGCUGCGCCCGCCGCCGAAGAGGAGGCGGCGUUGACUCGACACGUGGCCUGGCUGCUGUUCUCCGACUGCCUCCUCUACCUCCCUGUGGCCUUCCUCUCCUUCUCCUCGCUGCUGCGCUCCGCCGCCGGGCCGGAGGCGGCGAAGGGCGUGUUGCUCCUGGUGGCGCCGCUGCCGGCCUGCGUCAACCCGCUGCUCUACCUCCUCUUCAACCCGCUCGCCCGGCAGGAGCUGGCGGCGCUCGCCAAACGCACCCGUGGGGCCGUGGCGUUACCGAAACUCUGCAUGGGAGGAGGAGGAAGAGGAGCAUCAGGAGGAGGAGGAAGGUCGAGGAAGGACAUGAUGGAGUCGAUGUACGACGAGGAUGCGGAGAAACAGUCAUGUGACUCGACGCAGGCGCUGGUGGCCGUCGGAGGCACGAAGGAGGAAGAGGAGGAGGAGAGAGGAAGACGACAGAGCGACACACAACAUUCAGUGGCGUUUGUUGUUCCCCAUCAAUAG